GAGAAAGAGAAGGAGGAGUCCGCCCCGGCGCGGUGUACCUCACCGCCCCCAAAAUGGCGGCGGCGGCGCUGCUGCGGCCGCGGGCGGGCGGCGGCGGGCCCGGGGCGCUGUGGCGGUCCCAGCGCCGCCAGCGCAGCACUUUCGACGUGGCCGUGGUCGGUGCGGGCAUCGUGGGGCUCGCCUCCGCCCGGGAGCUGGUCCUGAGACACCCCGAGCUCGCCUUCGCCGUGCUGGAGAAGGAGCAGGAGCUAGCUCAUCACCAGAGCGGACAUAACAGCGGUGUAAUUCACAGUGGAAUUUACUACACACCUGGAUCUCUGAAAGCUAAGCUGUGUGUGCAGGGUGCAGCUCUCUGCUAUGAGUACUGUGACCAGAAGGGAAUUCCAUAUAAACAGUGUGGGAAGCUAAUCGUAGCCGUUGAACAAGAUGAAAUUCCAAGACUCAAAGCUCUGUAUGAAAGAGGGCUGCAGAACAAUGUCCGAGGUCUGAAAUUGAUUGGAUCAAAAGAAAUACAAGCAAAGGAACCCUUCUGCAGGGGACUGAUGGCCCUUGAUUCUCCAUAUACUGGUAUUGUGAAUUAUAAACAAGUGGCUGAAUCCUAUGCUGAAGACUUCCAGGAAGCAGGUGGAACAAUCUUGACUGAUUUUGAAGUUACAGGCAUGGAGAUGGCUAAAGAAAGUUCUUCAGAAAGUGCAGAUGGACUGAAAUACCCAGUCAUUGUUAGGAACUCUAAGGGUGAGGAAAUCUACUGUCGGCACAUUGUGACCUGUGCAGGACUCUACUCAGACCGCCUGUCUGAAAUCAGCGGCUGCAGCCCUGAGCCUCGUAUUGUACCCUUCCGUGGGGAUUAUUUGGUGCUAAAACCAGAAAAGUGCUAUAUGGUUAAAGGAAACAUUUACCCGGUUCCUAAUCCUCGGUUCCCGUUCCUGGGAUUUCAUUUCACACCGAGAAUGGAUGGCAGCGUUUGGCUUGGUCCUAAUGCAGUAUUAGCCUUUAAGCGAGAGGGCUACAAAUUGUUUGACUUCAGUACUACAGACUUCUUUGAUGCCGUACUGUACAGUGGGUUAUGGAAGCUUGUACUGAGAAACCUGUCGUAUGGACUGAGUGAAAUGUACAGAGCGUGUUUCCUUAGUGCACAGGUGAAGGAACUUCAGAAGUUCAUACCAGAGGUCACUGUCAAUGACGUACUCAGGGGUCCCUCUGGAGUGAGAGCUCAAGCGUUGGACAGCGAUGGAAAUUUGGUAGAUGACUUCGUAUUUGAUGGUGGCACGGGAGAUAUUGGAAGCAGAAUUCUUCAUGUCCGAAAUGCCCCUUCUCCUGCUGCUACCUCCUCCCUUGCCAUUGCAAAAAUGAUUGCAGAUGAAGUGAAGCGAAGAUUUGAAUUGUGAAUAUUGACAGGUGCGGUGCUGUUUUCCCCCUCUCGUAUGUGUAGCAGCUUGGCUGCGUUGAAUGAACUCCGCAGCCUUUAAUGACAAAGAUGAAACAGGCAAUGUGUUGCUUGCAAGAUCAACGCCGGUACAGCUGUGCAGUGCAAAACCAGCACUUGAAAUGUUUGCCAGCCCACAGCUCGUCAAUUUCCUGAGUGAAGGAUUUAUGGUUCCUGGCAAGACGUGGUAUGGUAUUGGCAUCUGCAAGAGCCAAGCAAACGGACCGUUGACAGGUUCACAGUAAAGGCUCGUCCACCUCAGCAGGAGCAGCCUGCGGAGGGGCUGGUGCCAGGCUCAGGGCGAGGUUCUCCCAGGACCGCAGGGAGCAGUAGGUAAUGCAGGAAGAGUCUCUGUGGUUGGGUUGCCCACCUCUGAAAAAAAAACCACCCAGGCAUGGGGUGGUUCUCUGUGUGCUUUCUCUCCAUCUCUUUAAAUUGGUUCAGAGUUGUCAGUCCCCUAACUUGUAUUAAAAUAAUGGAGAUAGAAGGAUAAGCCCUGCUUAAGGAUUCUGCAGAUAUGGAAUUAAAAGCUUUAUCAGAGACUGAAAACAAUAUUCAGAGCCUUUUACAUAAACGUAAAGUAUUUCAGCAAAAAAUAAGCCUAACGAGAUUACCAAAUCCAAGUCAAUUUAGAUAUGCAAUUCAGAUACACAGUCUAUCUGAUCUGUCUCUGUUUUUCUAUAGAGCAGAAAUUAAAAUGUGUAUAUAAACAGUCAUUUUUCAUUUAACUUAAACCUGGGAAGUCAUCACAGAUCAGGAACUACUUUGGCGGUUUGGGUUGGUAUUUUUUUUUGUUUGCUUUUACCCUUUGAGUACUGGUAGGGCAAAAGGAGCUUAUCUUUGUACAGCAUAUUGAGCAAUCUAGUGGAAAUGGUCUUUGUAAAAGCAAAUGUGAAGGGAGGGAAGCUACAGAAACCUGUCUUAAUUGAGUCAUGUUGCAUACUGCUUCCCUUGGAGCCCGAGCAGCAGUGAGUCAGGAAGGCUUCCCAUUUCCCUCAUGCCUGGCAAGAGGAGCGCUUAGAAAGUACUGGUUACUCUUGUGAGCUCUUAUUGGUACUUGAAGCUUUAUCAAAAGUGCACCUAGAAGAGAAUCUGUGUGGAGACUGGAGAAAUAUAAAGAGAUGUUAAACAAGUUCUAAGCUAACAGUAUCUUGGUGUGUUCUGCAUAAUUGCUACAAAAAAGAAUUAUGUGGCCCGAGGGACAAAGUACUUCAGAGUACUUUUAAAGCAGAUGUUCACAGGAUGUUGGGUAAUACAGAUAAUUGUGGGUAGUUUGCUACCAGGCGAUUUGCCAUGCUUUUUUUUUUUCAUUUACGUUCUGUACCUCUCUGACAUGCAUGAGGGAUUGUGUUAUCGCAGAAGGUCAGGUGUGCUAGCUGAUGUUUUUACUGUACAGAGCUGAGCUGCUUUUGAGAGAGCCAAGGCUUAACCUAUCUGUUUGGGUUUUGUUGUGUUGUUUUUUUUCCUCUGGUGACAUCUACUUUACUGGAAAAGUGACUCCCAUAUAAGGGCAACCUGGAAAUGCAAAUAAUUAGUCCUUCAAAGAAAAGCUUUGGUCUUUAUUUUUAGCCACAAUAACACUAGACAAGGAUUCAGAUGUUCCAAAUGCUAAAAUGCUGUUCAGUGUACAAGUUAUAUCUUCACAAUGAAACAAUCAUAUCUUCACUCCCCUCCAGAACUGUUGCCUAUCAACAGUAAAUACUACAAAAAGAUUGCAAAAGCAACUUCCUCCCACACGAGGUGUGGCCCUAACAUGUAUUGACAGAAUAAAGAACAUUUAAAUGUAAAGCAGUCAUAUACUGUGGUGAAUCUUAAGUCAGCACAUUUAACUGCACAGCCUGCUGUGCUUUUUACUCUCAGGAGAUGAUUAUUUUGGGGUAGAGCUUAACUGAAGCUUUCAAAUUAUGCAGCAUUCUGCAAAAUAUUUGUAUUUUUAGAGAUAAAGCUAUAAACCUUUUUUAAAGGAAUAACUUCAGUGAUUUAUGAUAAUGGAGUUUAAUACAUACAUACAUUGUGUGUUGCCCAUGAAGUGUGAAAAUGUAUGAAUGUAUUUUUUUAAAAGGGUCCAACUCACUGGGAUGGCUUAAUCACCUUGCCUUUCACUAUUGUGAUUAAAAUAGCGUAUUUUUAAAAUUGCUGUGAGGUCUGUGUAUUUCUCCUGACUUACAGAAAAGUUUCACUGGUAUUUGCUAACUCUCAUCAGAUUUAGAUGGCUAUAUCUCCGCAUAAUAGGAAUUACUUUAUUUAUUUAGAGGGUAGGGUGCAGAACCUGUCUUCCUAAAGUAAGGGUAUCUUAUCUGUACUUACACCACUUCACAGCUUUUUCUCAUAUAGGUAUGUGUGGGCAGAACUGGUCCUAAGCCUGACCUGGACCUGUAAUGACAUGUGCAAUGGUAAUUCUUGAAAUUCCGAAUAAAUGCAUUAAGACAG